AUGUCGGCCGAGGAGGAAGAGCGGAUCUGCAAGGUCUAUAUCGCCAUCUUCAGCAAAGCCCCCAAUAACGAUAUGCCGUUGUACAAGCAUUGGGCUUUGGCUGUUAUCGACACAUGGAGAGACGAGAAGGGAGAGGAAUAUGACGAAAGCUUCAAGAUCCAGGCGAUGGGUUUCUCGGGUCAUUACAGGCUGGACAUGCAGCUCUCAAACGCAAAGGAAGACGAGAGUAUGAUCAAGAUGGUACCGAUAUGUCGCAUCUACGAAUCCAUGCGUGUAUCGCUUAUGGCGGCUGCCGAGCAAGUCGCCAUCAGAGACUACGACCUCACGUGGAAUUGUCAGAAUUUUGUUCUGGAUUUGCUUGAGCAUUCGCGCAAUGAAGGAUUGCUCACAUUCUCGGACGCGAAGAUGGAUGAAUUUCGCGCAAUGGAAGAGGGGUUCGUUGCGAAAGAAUGA